AUGAUUUCAGCUAUCUCCAGCCCCUGGCUCACCCAGCUGUCCCAUUUUUGCGAUGUUGCAGCUUUCACGGCCAACAGCCUGAGCAGCCUGAACGCCUCCGGGGGGUACCACCUCUCCCCCUCCCCGGGGGACCCGUACGGACAGCAUGAGCCGCCGCACUACGAGCCCUGCACGGCUCAGCAGCACCCGCACCCGCCGCCCCAGCCCCAGCACGGCUACCCUUUCGGCGGGGCGGCGGCGGCGGCGGCCGGGACCAACCCGCCGGCCCCAGGCCCCGAGCAGCCCGAGGGCGCCGGUGGAGCCGCUGCGGGGCCGGCCGCAGUCUCGGGCUGCUCUGCGGGGGCGGCCGCCGCGGCCAAGGCGCCGGUGAAGAAGAACCCGAAAGUGGCCAACGUGAGCGUCCAACUAGAGAUGAAGGCGUUGUGGGACGAGUUCAACCAGCUGGGCACCGAGAUGAUCGUCACCAAGGCAGGCAGGCGCAUGUUCCCCACCUUCCAGGUGAAGAUAUUUGGGAUGGACCCUAUGGCUGACUACAUGCUCCUCAUGGAUUUCGUCCCGGUGGAUGACAAGCGCUACCGGUACGCCUUCCACAGCUCCUCCUGGCUGGUGGCUGGCAAAGCCGACCCCGCCACCCCCGGGAGAGUCCAUUACCACCCGGACUCUCCGGCCAAAGGGGCGCAGUGGAUGAAGCAGAUCGUUUCCUUCGAUAAGCUCAAGCUGACCAACAAUUUGCUGGAUGACAACGGGCAUAUCAUUUUGAACUCCAUGCACAGAUACCAGCCGCGUUUUCACGUGGUCUACGUGGACCCCCGGAAAGACAGCGAGAAGUACGCGGAGGAGAACUUCAAAACUUUCGUCUUCGAGGAGACACGCUUCACGGCAGUGACCGCCUACCAGAACCACCGGAUCACGCAGUUGAAGAUUGCAAGCAACCCUUUUGCCAAGGGAUUCAGAGACUGUGACCCUGAGGACUGGCCCAGGAACCACAGGCCAGGGCCUCUUCCUCUCAUGAGCGCUUUUGCCAGAUCCCGGAAUCCAGUCUCUUCCCCAGCCCACCAGAACGGGACAGAGAAAGAUGCAGCCGAGAGCCGGCGGGAGUUCGAGCGGGAGGCCGGCGGGACGGCGCUGCACCAGGCCGAGGCCGCGCACCAGCAGCUCAUGUCCCGCGUGCUCAGCCCGGCGCUGCCGGGCGGAGGCGGCGGGCUGGUGCCGCUGGCCGGGGCGGGCGGCGGCCGGCCCAGCCCGCCGCACCACGAACUGCGCCUGGAGCCCGCCGCGUCCGAGCCGCUGCACCACCAUCCCUACAAGUACCCGCCGGCGGCGGCCGCCGCCUACGACCACUACCUGGGGGCGAAGAGCCGGCCCGCCCCCUACCCCCUCCCCAGCAUCCGCGGGCACAGCUACCACCACCAUCAUCACCACCACAUGAACGCGGCGGCUGCGGCGGCGGCGGCCGCCAACAUGUACUCGCCGGCCGGGGCACCCGCCGGCUACGACUACGGGCCCCGGUAA